UUCAUAUAAUUUGUAAAGGUUAUACAAUUUAUAAAAUCCCAGCAUUAAGAUAUUUAAUAAUACCGUGAUUUUUUUCAAAUGGAAAGCAUGUGGAUGUAGUUGCAGUAGAAUUAGCAUCGGCGAUGCUUCAUAGAUUUGCCAAACAACUUUGCAUGCCACGUUUCUUCCCAGCCAUAAACCGGCAAACUUUUAUUUCCACCUACCCUGUCAACGCUCAAGCACACCGCAACACCUACAACAUGGACAAAGUGUAUUUUCGCAAUGCCGAAAAUACAAAUGAAUUGCAUAUUACAUUUCAUUACACCAACAAGGAACUGAGAGUGGAUCGAGAUUUCAACUUCUGCCGACGCUUGGAUGAGAACGUUGAUGAGGCCAUCAGUCGCAUACGUAGCAAUGUUGAAAAGGAGUUUAAUAAGCGCAACAAAAAGAAGAAAAAUAAACAAUGCUCUGAAUCUCCAACAGCUGUUGUUGAAAUACCCACUGAAAUUAUAGUGGAAUUGCAACGAAAUGACUCAGCGGAUCGAAUUACAGACAUCACCUUUGGCGAAUUGCUGGUGAACAAAGCACAGGGACUAAAGCUGCAAGUAAUUGAUAAAACAUUUGAAAUUGUGCUCAAUCAGCCCUGGAUAGCUGCACUACAACUUCCCAAUUCAAUGAUGGCAGGCUAUUUGGUUUAUCCGUUUAAGCUCGAUCUGCUGUUUGCAUCGCGUGAGCAUUGCCGGGGUGAGUGGUAUAGAGCUGUGAUGCCACCAGGAGGUGUUUUUAAUGAGAGAACCAUUUGGGAAGCAUGCGGAGAGGGCUUAAUUUAUCAGGUGCAACCGUCAGAUAUAGACCAUCAUCUAAAGCUGGUGGUGACGCCAAGGAAUGAGCACGGCGAGUCAGGUCCAACAGCUGAGUAUAUCAGUAAAAAAGCGGUGCAGGCUGGUCCAGGUCAAUGUCCAUUUGAACUUCGCCACGCAUUUACAAGUGCGCCGCUUAGCGACCCUAAUGCAAUACGUGUUGUGAGCUAUAAUCUCUUAGCUGAUUAUUAUGCAGAUGGAGAAUAUGCGCGUAAAACGCUGUUUCCAUAUUGUGCGUCUCAUGCCAUGGAUAUUGACUAUCGCAAGCAGCUUUUUAUCAAGGAACUGUUAGGCUAUAAUGCGGACCUGUUAUGCCUGCAAGAGGUGGAUGUUAAGAUAUUCGACUAUGAUCUAAGUCCAGUGCUGGAGCAGUUGCCGCACCACUUCCGUGGCAUUAUGACACCUAAGGGCUCUUGUGCCGAGGGUCUGGCGCUGUUCUAUCGCGCUUCACGAUUUGAAUUGUUGAAUAAUUUCGAUUUACAUCUGGGUGACAAUAUAAGCAGUCUGCCCAUAUUUGCGUCUCUCUGGAACAAGAUCAAACACAAUGAGCAAUUGGCCAAGCGCAUAUGUGAACGCUCUACUACGCUACAGCUGAGUUUGCUUAAGCUAACGAACUCUGAACGCUAUGUACUUGUGGCCAACACGCAUUUGUAUUUCCAUCCUGAUGCUGAUCACAUCAGAUUGCUGCAGAUUGGCUUCUCACUAAUUUUUGUGGAGCACAUCUACAAGCAGGCAAUCAAGGAGCAUAAUAUUGAGAACCCUCACAACAUUGGACUGUUGUUUUGUGGAGAUUUCAACAGUGUGCCCGAAUGUGGCAUUUAUAAGCUGAUGACGGAGCAACUGGUAGACAGCAGUUUCAUCGAUUGGAGCAGUAAUGUGGAGGAAGCAGUGAAGAAUGUGGACCUAACGCAGCCAUUCAAUAUGACUUCAGCUUGUGGAACGCCAGAGUUUACAAAUUAUACAACAUUAUUUGCCGCUUGCCUGGAUUAUAUAUUCUAUCAAAAUGAUUGCUUCGAGGUCGUGCAGUCUGUACCGCUGCCUACAACCGAGCAACUGCGUGCCCACGAGGCUAUACCAUCCAUAGUCUGUCCUUCGGAUCACGUAGCCUUAGUGGCUGAUCUAGCAUUUAAAAACAUUAGAUAAUAAUUUUGUUAUAGUGAACUUGUAUAUGCAUAGCAUUUUUUUUAUUAAUACAUAUUUUGUACAUUGGAU